UCAUCAAGUGGUGAAAAUGGCUGCACUCACUGAGUAUGGUCGACACUGUGGUCAAUGGAUAGGCAUUAUAGUCAUUGUGGUGGUGGUUUUCGUACCGUCUGCCACGGCGCUUAUCGAGGGACUGUAUUGUGGCACCCAGAUUUGUUACGAUGUUCUCGGAGUAUCGAGGGAAGCGGUUAAAUCGGACAUAGCCCGGGCUUACAGACAGAUAGCCAGAAAGUAUCACCCGGACAGAUUCUCAAGUCUUGCAGGCGAGACAAGAGAAAGUGCUCAUCAAAAAUUUCUGCUCAUUGCGACUGCAUAUGAAACGUUGAAGGAUGAGGACUCCCGUAGAGACUACGACUACAUGCUGGACCACCCUGAAGAGUACUACAGCCACUACUACACCUACUACAGGAGACGACUGGCACCUAAAGUGGACGUACGGAUUGUCAUUCUGGUCACCGUGGUUGCUAUAUCCAUCUUCCAGUACUACAGUUGGUGGGCCAGCUACACUGAAGCCAUCAACUACCUAUCAACGGUCCCCAAGUACCGUAUCCAGGCGACAGAGAUAGCCAAGCAGCUGGGUCUCCUGAACAAGACUAAAGAGAAGGGCAAGAACCGUCGGUCCAAAGAGGAGAUCCGGGAACAGGAAGAAGAGGUCAUCCGUGACAUCAUCAAGAACAAGAUCGACAUCAAGGGAGGCUACCAGAAGCCUAAAAUCUUGGACAUCCUGCUCUGUCAGAUUGUCCUGUUCCCUUACUGCCUGUGUGCCUAUGUGGUCUGGUACUGUAAGUGGAUCUACAGGUUCACCAUCUGCAGAGAGGAGUACGGAGACGAGGAGAAGCUCUACAUCAUCAGGAGGAACAUGAAGAUGUCUCAGUCUCAGUUCGACAGUCUGGAGGCGGAGCAGAGAGACACGUUACUGGAGAGGCAGCUCUGGAUCAAAGACAACUAUGAGGUGUACAAGGAAGAACAGGAGGAAGAGAUGAAGACGAAGAUGGCCCUGGACCCCAGGUGGAAGAGGUACCGACGGUGGAUGAAGAAUGAAGGACCUGGACGACUCACUUUUAUUGACGAUUGACAACAUGCCGAUCAAUAAUCACACCUGACUUGUGGCAAUACUUACAGAUACACACUGUGUUAUACCGAUACAGGGCCUUCGGAAAGUAUUCAGACCCCUGGACUUUUUCCACAUUUUGUUAAGUUACAACCUUGUUCUAAAAUUGAUGGAAUAAAUUAUUUAUAAAAUCUACACACAAUACCCCAUAUUGACAAAGCAAAAACAGAUUUUUUUUUUGUUUGGCCGGGCAGCCAACUCUAGGAAGAGUCUUGGUGGUUCCAGACUUUUUUCCAUUUUAAGAAUGAUGAAGGCCACUGUGUUCUUGGGGACCUUCAAUGCUGCAGAAAUGUUUUGGUACCCUUCCCCAGAUCUGUGCCUCAACACAAUCCUGCCUCGGAGCUCCGUGAGCUCCGUAUUAAAAAUAAAAAAACAUUUCCAUAAGUAUUCAGACUCUUUACUCAGUACUUUGUUGAAGCACCUUUGGCAGGGAUUACAGCCUCAAGUCUUCUUGGGUAUGACGCUACACGCUUUGCACACCUAUAUUUGGGGAGCUUCUCCCAUUCUCUGCAGAUCCUCUCAAGCUCUGUCAGGAUGGAUGGGGAGCAUCGCUGUACAGCUAUUUUCAGGUCUCCAGAGAUGUUCAAUUGGGUUCAAGUCCGGGCUCUGGCUGGUCAUCUCAAGGACAUUCAGAGGCUUGUCCUGAAGCCACUCCUGCGUUGUCUUGUCUGUGUGUUUAGGGUCGUUGUCCUGUUGGAAGUGAACAUUUGCCCAAGUCUGAGGUCCUGAGUGCUCUGGAUCAGGUUUUCAUCAAGGAUCUCUGUACUUUGCUCCAUUAAUCUUUCCCUCGAUCCUGACUAGUCUCCCAGUCCCUGCUACUGAAAAACAUCCCCACAGCAUGAUGCUGCCACCACCAUGCUUCACAAUCGGGAUGGUGCCAGGUUUCCUCCAGACGUGACACUUUGCAUUAAGGCCAAAGAGUUCAAUCUUGGUUCCAUCAAACCAGAGAAUCUUGUUUCUCAUGGUCAGAGUCCUUUAGGUGCCUUUUGGCAAACUCCAAGCGGGCUGUCAUGUGCCUUUUACUGAGGAGUGGCUUCUGUCUGGUCACUCUACCAUUAAGGCCUAAUUGGUCGAGUGCUGCAGAUAUUGUUGUCCUGGAAGGCUCUCUCAUCUCCACAGAGGAACUCUGGAGCUCUGUCAGAGUGACCAUUGGGUUCUUGGUCACCUCCCUGACCAAGGCCCUUCUCCCCCGAUUGCUUAGUUUGGCCGGGAAGCCAGCUCUAGGAAGAGUCUUGGUGGUUCCAACCUUCUUCCAUUGAAGAAUGACGGAGGCCACUGUGAUCUUGGAGACCUUCAAUGCUGCAGAAAUGUUUUGGUACCCUUCCCAGAUCUGUGCCUCGACACAAUCCUGUCUCGGAGCUCUACGGACCAUUCCUUCGACCUCAUGACUUGGUUUUUGCUCUGACAUGCACUGUCAACUGUGGGACCUUAUAUAGUCAGGUGUGUGCCUUUCCAAAUCAUGUCCAAUCAAUUGAAUUUACCACAGGUGGACUCCAAUCAAGAUGUAGAAACAUCUCAAGGAUGAUCAGUGGAAACAGGAUGCACCUGAGCUCACUUUUGAGUCUCAUAGCAAAGGGUCUGAAUACUUAUGUAAAUAAGGUACUUCUGGUUUGUAUUUUUACUACAUUUGCAAAAAUGUCUAAACAUUGUGUAGAUUGAGGAAAUAAAAGUAAUUCAAUACAUUUUAGAAUAAGGCUGUAAUGUAUCAAAGUGGACAACCGAUACACUGUGAUGAAAUAUAUACAGACACAGUGUUAUACACAUACAAUGUGUUUGCAUACCUGAGUGUUUGUGAAUGCAUCUACUGAUGUGUGUGUACAGACGAUUGACAAUAAUGCCUGUUUGUAUGGAGAAUUAUUUUCAUAGAUAUUGGGGAUGUUUUCAAGCCGGUGAAAGGCACUACUGUAUAACUAAUCAGAUGUAUUAAAGCCUUAUACAGCAUAUCGAGAGCUGAGGACUAGAAGGGUCUAUCUGCAAAAAGAUCAUUCUGAGAUAAUUGGCUUUCAAGUUCUGAACCCUCAUUGGUUUGAACGUGUCGGCUAUUUAUUUACAUCUUGAUUCUUUGGAACUUAACAUUGUAUUUAGAGUAUUAUAUACGUAGUGUAUGUAGAGUAUUAUAUACGUAGUGUAUUUAGAGUAUUAUAUACGUAGUGUAUUUAGAGUAGUAUAUACGUAGUGUAUUUAGAGUAUUAUAUACGUAGUGUAUGUAGGGUAUUAUAUACGUAGUGUAUUUAGAGUAGUAUAUACGUAGUGUAUGUAGGGUAUUAUAUACGUAGUGUAUGUAGAGUAUUAUAUACGUAGUGUAUUUAGAGUAGUAUAUACGUAGUGUAUGUAGAGAACAUUGUAUUUAGAGUACAAUAUAGUAUAUGUAGAGAACAUAGUAUUUAGAGUACUGUGUAGUAUAUGUGGAAAAUAUAGUAUUUAGAGUACUAUGUAGUAUAUGUAGAGAACAUUGAAUUUAGAGUACUAUGUAGAGUGUUUAUAUAGAGAACAUUGUAUUUAGAGUACUGUGUAGUGUAUGUAGAUAACACUGUAUUUAGAGUACUAUGUAGUAUAUAGAGAGAACAUUGUAUUUGUAGUACUAGGUAGUAUAUAUAGAGAACAUUGUAUUUGUAGUAGUGUAUAUAGAGAACGUUGUAUUUAGAGUACUAGGUAGUAUAUAUAGAGAACAUUGUAUUUGUAGUAGUGUAUAUAGAGAACAUUGUAUUUAGAGUACUAGGUAGUGUAUAUAGAGAACAUUGUAUUUAGAGUACUAGGUAGUGUAUAUAGAGAACAUUGUAUUUAGAGUACUAGGUAGGAUAUGUAGAUAACAUUGUAACAUUGUAUUUAGAGUACUAGGUAGGAUAUGUAGAGAACAUUGUAACAUUGUAUUUAGAGUACUAGGUAGGAUAUGUAGAUAACAUUGUAUAAAUAGAGAACAUUGUAUUUGUAGUAGUGUAUAUAGAGAACAUUGUAUUUAGAGUACUAGGUAGUAUAUAUAGAGAACAUUGUAACAUUGUAUUUAGAGUACUAGGUAGGAUAUGUAGAUAACAUUGUAUAUAUAGAGAACAUUGUAUUUGUAGUAGUGUAUAUAGAGAACAUUGUAUUUCGAGUACUAGGUAGGAUAUGUAGAUAACAUUGUAUUUCGAGUACUAGGUAGUAUAUAUAGAGAACAUUGUAUUUAGAGUACUAGGUAGUAUAUGUAGAGAACAUUGUAUUUGUAGUAGUAUAUAUAGAGAACAUUGUAUUUAGAGUACUGUGUAGUAUCUAUAGAGAACAUUGUAUUUGUAGUAGUGUAUAUAGAGAACAUUGUAUUGUAUACUACUGUGUAGUAUAUGUAGAGAACAUUGUAUUUAGAGUACUAGGUAGUAUAUAUAGAGAACAUUGUAUUUGUAGUAGUGUAUAUAGAGAACAUUGUAUUUAGAGUACUAGGUAGUAUAUAUAGAGAACAUUGUAUUUAGAGUACUAUGUAGUAUAUAUAGAGAACAUUGUAUUUAGAGUACUAUGUAGUAUAUAUAGAGAACAUUGUAUUUGUAGUAGUGUAUAUAGAGAACAUUGUAUUUAGAGUACUAGGUAGUAUAUAUAGAGAACAUUGUAUUCAGAGUACUAGGUAGGAUAUGUAGAGAACAUUGUAUUUGUAGUAGUGUAUAUAGAGAACAUUGUAUUGUAUACUACUGUGUAGUAUAUGUAGAUAGAACCUUCUAGCCUCAACCUCUGCUGGUGUUUGCCACCUUUCAUAAUAUGACCUUUCUGCUCUACAGGGAAAGGCUCUAUGAAAGAGUCAGAAGAUGCAUUUAAAACCUGCAUGGAGGAACGGUUCUUAUUACGAAGCUAUGUCCUAAAUGGAACCCUGUAUAGUGCACCACUUCUGGUCAAAUCUAGUGCACUAUAUAGUACGCCACUUCUGGUCAAAUCUAGUGCACUAUAUAGUGUGCCAUUUCUGGUCAAAUCUAGUGCACUAUAUAGUGCGCCACUUCUGGUCAAAACUAGUGCACUAUAUAGUGCGCCACUUCUGGUCAAAACUAGUGCACUAUAUAGUGCGCCACGUCUAGUCAGAACUAGUGCACUAUAUAGUGCGCCACUUCUAGUCAGAACUAGUGCACUAUAUAGUGCGCCACUUCUGGUCAAAACUAGUGCACUAUAUAGUGCGCCACUUCUAGUCAGAACUAGUGCACUAUAUAGUGCGCCACUUCUAGUCAGAACUAGUGCACUAUAUAGUGCGCCACGUCUAGUCAGAACUAGUGCACUAUAUAGUGCGCCACUAGGGACAGAUCCCAGGGUUAGGCAGGGUUGUGUAGUCUUAUUACAGAUGCUCAUCGUCUGUCUCUGCUUCUAACUGUUAUCCCGUCAGACAGAUUAAUCCCUAUUUCUGGAAUCUCUAUUGAAAGUGCUUCUUAAUCCAGGAAUUGUCUUAAUCUGUGUGUGGGAAACGUGUCUGUUAUGGGUUAGAAUGGAAUUGGCCUUCCUAUGAAUUGUCUUACCUGGGAAGGCUAUUUUGAAUCACAACCCAGCACAGCCAGAAGAGGACUGGCCCCCCCUCAGAGCCUGGUUCCUCUCUAGGUUUCUUCCUAGGUUUUGGCCUUUCUCGGGAGUUUUUCCUAACCACCGUGCUUCUACACCUGCAUUGCUUGCUGUUUGGGGUUUUAGGCUGAGUUUCUGUACAGCACUUUUGAGAUAUCAGCUGAUGUACGAAGGGCUUUAUAAAUACAUUUGAUUUGAUUUGAACUGAAAGUACUGGUACACAAAAUUGUGCAAAGUAUUCAGAACCCAGUAAAAAUGAGUCCUCGGUCUGUGAUAUUAGUUCUGCCCCCAUCCUUUACUUUAAAUAUUGACUUUGUUGCAUGUUAACAGCCAACCAAUCAAGCUUCAUUUGACCUAUACUGUAAUAAUAUGGUAUAUUACGGAGUAGUUGGGUACGUGUUGAGAUUUGUUGGAUUGAAACACAAACAUGAUAUAUUUUUUUAAAUGAAACCAGAGAUUCUUGUUGGUAUUAUCAUGGUACUGCGUUGGGUUUGUGUUUAAAAUCACUGUCAGUCUCUGUCUGGACCCUAUUUCAUAUAGACCUGCCAUACUUUUGACCAGGGCACAUAAGACUUAAAGUAGUGUACUAUAUAGGGAAUAGGGCCCUGGUCUAAAGUAGUGUACUACAUAGGGAAUUAGGCUUUGUCCCAAAUACACCACCUAUGUUUAUUGUUUAUCAUGUAACCAUAACAUGAUGAAAUCAAAUCUGCCCCUCAGACUGUGGUUGCUACACAUCAUUUACAAUUCAAUGCUAAAUCAUCUCUGUAGUAUAUGUUAUAGUAAUUAGCAACAUCAACAAGAAUUUAGUGUAGUUCAACUAUUUCUCACUUAGUUGGAACUCCUGUUUGGGUGAGACAUAUUUGGGGGAGGGAAACAUUUUUAUUUCUAAACAUAUUAAAAUAAUAGUAUAGUAUAUUUUAAAUGUCAAGGUACAUGCCAUUAUAAAAAAAUAUUUUAAAAAACAUGUCAGAAACGGAAUGCAUUGCUUGACUGCUGGACACGUGAUACAACCAGAUGCUUCAAACCUUUUGCGUUCCAGCGGAAGUCAUUCGUCGUUAGUGGAGCUGUCCGCAACGAUCCGUUGCUAAAGGAAAGAAGGGCUGAAACUGCUUGCUUAGUUAGAUUUGGGGUAUAUGAAUUGCAUAUCCGAUGAUUGUAAACGUGUGGGUGAUGAUGAUGUCACGCCAGCUACUUCGAACAGUUUCAGGCAGCGCUUGUGUUGUCCACUGUGAUGUGAUGCUGUGACCAACAUUGGCCUGGAUGCUUCCUACAUAGAAAAGGACGUUUUUUAUUAAUUUAGCCUAAGCUAAAUAAAAUGUAAAAAAUU